UGGUUCAAAACUUUUUAUUUAUUUAUUUAUUUUUUAACAAGGAUAAUACCCUUUGCAUUUAUAUUUGCAGAUGUUUGUAUAACUUUAGCUGCCGGUAAUUCAGAAUGUAUCCUCCCUCAUUUCAACAGGCAUCGCUAUUGUCUACGAGAAAUAUGAUUACACUUCAGGGUCCCUGGCUUCAACAACCAGUCCAGAAAAUAGCCCUCUCCUGCUUUAUCAGAGCAAUCUUCUUGUAACUGCACUACAUCAGAUUUACAGCUACAAAAUGACUUGAACACAACUUCAACAAAUUAAAGAACCAUUUCCUCAUGUUUGUGGCGAGAUUACAUUACCUACAAGACAAGAUAACUUCCUUCCAGUGGCUUUCAUGUCCCCACAAUGCUUAUAACUGGGAAUGACAAGGCAAUUUUGUGUUUUCUGAAUUAUUCCUGCCCCCUCUUUCCCUGCUAAGACAGACACCAUGAAUUGUACCAGAUUGCCUGACAUGGAUGAGACACCAAUCGUUUUCUUCAGGAAUCAAUCUGUCUCCAUCAACAGCACCCACCACGUGUUUCCUCCAUUCUUGGAAGACCCUUGCAAAAACUCCACUGGCCUCACGUUCUUCCUGGUGGCCUCCUAUUGCACUGUCAUGAUUGUUGGGCUGGUGGGCAACAUUUGUUUAAUCUGUGUAAUAGCCAAGCAGAAAGAGAAGGCCAACGUCACUAACAUAUUAAUCGCCAACCUUUCCUUCUCAGACAUUAUGGUGUGCGCGUUCUGUUUGCCUUUUACUGUGGUCUACACCCUAAUGGAUUACUGGAUCUUUGGGGAGGUCCUGUGCAAAAUGAUGCCAUUUAUCCAGUGCAUGUCGGUGACGGUGUCUAUUCUUUCUCUUGUCCUCAUUGCUUUGGAGAGACACCAGCUUAUUCUCAACCCUGCUGGUUGGAAACCCACUGUUCCACAGGCGUACUUGGCAGUGGUGGUGAUUUGGAUGCUAGCCUGCUUUACCUCACUUCCCUUCCUGGCGUUUCACAUUUUGACAGAUGAACCCUACAAGAAGCUCUCUUUCUUCAUGGCCUCCCUGGCAGACAAGGCUGUCUGCACUGAGAACUGGCCCUCCCACCAACACAAGCUCAUCUACACCACCUGGCUGCUGAUCUUCCAGUACUGCGCCCCCCUGCUCUUUAUCCUGGUGUGCUAUCUGAGGAUCUACUUCCGCCUGCGUAAGAGGAAGGGCAUGCUUGACCGGAUGUGCGAGGAGAACCGGCAGAUGACCCACAGUAAGAGGAUCAACGUCAUGCUGGUGUCCUUGGUCACCGCGUUUUCUGUCUGCUGGCUACCGCUCAACACCUUCAACACCAUCGCGGACUGGAAUUAUGAGGCGGUGAUGUACUGCCAUCACAACCUAAUUUUCUCAUUGUGCCACCUAGUGGCCAUGGCAUCAACCUGCGUCAACCCUAUCAUUUACGGCUUCUUGAAUAACAACUUCAAAAAAGAGGUGAAGUCUGUUUUUGUGCACUGUAAGCGCAACACCCUAGAAGAGGAUUAUGAACACCUUCCUCUUUCCACCAUGCACACAGAGCUAUCAAAGACUUCCCUUCACUUGAGCUGUAGGAAUAACAGUAUAGCAACGGGGGACAGGCCUGCUACUGCAAACUGUGUAUAAGUACCAAACUCUGAAUGUAUAUAUUAAUAAAGAAAAUACGUUACUGCACAUUUCUGUAAGUUUGAUGAAUGUACUGUAUGUAAGUAGUAAAUUAUUGCAUAUUUUAGAGCACUUUAAAUUAUAUGAAUCAAGGGUUUGUCUCCAAAAUCCUUCUUUGUUCCUUCAUUUCGAGUGUGUAAAUUAAUUAUUUGUAUGCAAGCUGCAUUGUACAGUGGAUUUGUUAGAACGUAGGCAUUGUGAACUUUAGAUACUAAUCAAGUAUCUUAUUUUCGGAGCAGCCUUUUUACAUUGAUCUUACUAUUGUAUGGUGUGGAUGUGGGUUCUUUUGCUCUCUCUAAAUUUGCCAUUAACUCGAAGAGUUGAAAAGGCCACAGUGUCCCAUGAUCUGAAUGAAAUGUUAAGAUUCUCCAGACAAGCUCAAAGCCAGGUAAAGGCAGAUUUAAAGAAAAUUGAUAAUUACUCAAUUUUGAAGCAACAGUAGCAAGACCACUUAGAAAUGUUGCACACACCAUUCAAUAUUAAGGGAAAUAUAAAGAGACAAUUAAAGUGACAUUUGAAAAUAAUAUAGAUUUGGUGUUAGACUAUUUAUGCUCCUUUUGUGAAGAAUAAUUUACAUCAUGUAUUAAUUGAACAUUGCUUCAAUUGAAAAAUCACAUUUACAAUGUAGGAAUGCAGCGUGUACAAAAUGUAACUACGGUGUAUGUUCUUCAAGUGUGUUUACCUUAUAUCAAGUAUUCACAGCCUGGAAAUAGCAUAUUGAUUUAGGUUUUUAAUUCUUGUUCAAGCUAAAGCGUGAAUGUGUUUGUUGUAACUGCAUUUACUUGCAUUCUUAUAUUUAGAUUCCUGUUAGGUUAAAGGGCUUGCUGCUGGUCUUGAUUUUGAAUUUCUGUGGCUAACAGUGUGUAGGAUUUUCCACUUUCCCUUAUUAGGCUGUUGAAAUUGGCCAUUUGUUUAUAGUCUAGUUUAAAGGACAUGCAGCAUGGAUGUAAAUAUUGGUUUAAGAGUAAAAAUGGAACAAGUAGAAUUACAGAAGUAUUUAUAGUGUCAAUUUCCAAAAUAAACAAUUCACAUUUCAUUUCAGUGGGAAAUCUGGACCGCUUAGCGGCGUACUUAAAGGGGCAACACUUUCCUGAUUGGUUUACAGUCAGUACUGUUGUAUUGCAGACUUUGACUCAGGAGCACCACACCGCAGUUUACUUCCUGUGUUACAGGUAAUAAUGUCAAUAGAAAAUAAGGUGAGGCUCUAUUGUGUGUAACACAGGAAGUGAAAGCAUAGAGGAAACCAAAUACUUCCAUCAAGCUUACAGUGAUGUGGCAGUAUGAGCAAUGUCUUGAAAACCGAGAGGAAUGUUAUGAUAAUUAGAGGCUCUUUAAUAAAAUGUUGUUUAAAGCUGUGCUUAGUACACCUCUGUGGAGUAUUCACCUUUAGUCCUGUAUGUAUUUUAAAGCACUUUAAUUAACUUAUUUGAAUGUGACUAUAUAACAAUGUGAAGAGCAGGAUUUGAUACGCUUACAUCAGGGAUCAAAGACCAGUUCCCUUCAAUCAGAAUUUGACAGAUCAUCGCUCAAUUACAUUUGAAAGAAACUCAUUCAGCUGUUUUGGAGCAAUUCUGGUAUUGAAAAAAACCUCAACAAUGGUGUGAGAGGGCGUAGGGAAUCACUGAACACACAGGAGUCCGAAAGUUUAUUUGAAACUGCCUCACCUGUGUCCAAUUUUUGUGUAGUGGAUGGCCACUACCAACAAUGGUAUUAACCCUUUGCGGUCCUAUGUCAGACCUGGUCCGACAUUACAAUUCUCCCUUUCCGGUCCGAUAUCGGACCCUGUCCAACAUCAUCAAAAAGAUGUAAAAAACAGGUAUCUAGUCAUUUUUUCUCCGGAAAAAGCUGAGAAAACCAUUCAAUGGCCGAGUGAGACCGAUAGGAGCUGAGAGAAGCCGAAAAAAAGGGGGGGGGAUAUCUGAGCAAUAAACCCCCAGAAUAGCCCCGGCACAAACAAGAUAGCUGCUUCUGCAUCCAGCUCUCAAAGAAUAUCACGGACAUUUGCAGAGCUUUUUGAGAUGUUAUAGUAAGAACAUAAGAACAUAAAAAAGUUUACAAACAAGAGGAAGCCAUUCAGCCCAUCUUGCUCGUUUGGUUGUUAGUAGCUUAUUGAUACCAGAAUCUCGAUAAAGCAGCCCCUUGAAGGAUCCCAGGGUGUCAGCUUCAACAACAUUACUGGGGAGCUGGUUCCAGACCCUCACAAUUCUCUGUGUAAAAAAGUGCUUCCUACUUUCUGUUCUGAAUGCCCCUUUAUCUAAUCUCCAUUUGUGACCCCUAGUCCUUGUUUCUUUUUUCAGAUCAAAAAAGCCCCCUGGGUCGACAUUGUCUAUACCUUUUAGGAUUCUGAAUGCUUGAAUCAGAUCACCGCGUAGUCUUCUUUGUUCAGGACUGAAUAGAUUCAAUUCUUUUAGCCUGUCUGCAUACAACAUGCCUUUUAAAUCUGGGAUAAUUCUGGUUGCUCUUCUUGCACUCUUUCUAGAGCAGCAAUAUCCUUUUUGUAACGAGGUGACCAGAACUGAACACAAUAUUCUAGGUGAGGUCUUACUAAUGCAUUGUACAGUUUUAACAUUACUUCCCUUGAUUUAAAUUCAGCACUUCUCACAAUAUAUCCGAGCAUCUUGUUGGCCUUUUUUUAUAGCUUCCCUACAUUGUCUAGAUGAAGACAUUUCUGAGUCAACAUAAACUCCUAGGUCUUUUUCAUAGAUUCUUUCUUCAAUUUCAGUAUCUCCUAUAUGAUAUUUAUAAUGCACAUUUUUAUUGCCUGCGUGCAGUACUGUACACUUUUCUCUAUUAAAUGUCAUUUGUCUGCCCAGUUCUGAAUGCUGUCUAGAUCAUUUUGAAUGACCUUUGCUGCAGCAACAGUGUUUGCCACUCCUCCUAUUUUUAUGUCGUCUGCAAAUUUAACAAGUUUGCUUACUAUACCAGAAUCUAAAUCAUUAAUGUAGAUUAGGAAUAGCAGAGGACCUAAUACUGAUCCAUGUGGUACACCACUGGUUGCCUCACUCCAUUUUGAGGUUUCUCCUCUAAUCAGUACUUUCUGUUUACUACAUGUUAAUCACUCCCUAAUCCAUGUGCAUGCAUUUCCAAACUACUGCGUUCAGUUUGAGAAUUAAUCUUUUAUGCGGGACUUUGUCAAAAGCUUUCUGGAAAUCUAAAUAAACCAUGUCGUAUGCUUUGCAAUUAUCCAUUGUCGAUGUUGCAUCCUCAAAAAAAUCAAACAGGUUAGUUAGACACAAUCUCCCGUUCCUAAAAUCAUGCUGACUGUCUUCCAGGAUAUUGUUAGCGUAUAGGUAAUUUUCCAUAGUAAUAAAAUAAUGACUUGGAUCGCAUUAUUGAGGAAUUUGGUGAUAAAACGAGAGAGAUGAUUUAUCGGUAUGCACGACUGAUAUGCAGUGUCUUUUAAACCUGUUUUACUGUGAAAAAAACUACUUUUAAACAGCGCGUCUAAAAUAAACUGCAUGUGUGAAAAUAAAUUGGACCAGACACGCCUGAGACAUGUUGAAUAAAUGGACCGCAAAGGGCUAAGGCACAGUUUGGCGACACCUGCAAGUGUCAGGAACUAAACACCAGUUUUCCACAAAAAAAACAAACGAUGAAAGAAAAUAGGGAAAAGAAAAUACUGUAACAAAACUACAAAUAAAAGCUGCUGUCUCUUGCAGCUUCCCGCAUCCUCCACUAUCCGGUGUGGCUCGAGAUUCUGUGAUGCUCUCCUAUUCAUGGGUUUCCCCAGACUCCCCCAGUUAAAUUAAUAACAUCCCACUCGGGGUACGUGAAAAACAAACUGUAUGAAAUCGGCUGUUUUCCUCAGCCAAGCGUGCCUACCCCUUUUUUUUCUUUUUUUUAAGUCUGUCGCUUCUCCUAAAAGGGCAAGAAAGAGGGAAUAGCAGAGCGUUAGUUUUAUUGGUCGACCAUCCCGACAAGACCCGCCUCCCGACUACUCAAAGAGGGAGAGACGUGACACACCCUCACCCACCUCUCCGUGUCAUCGCCAUGAUUGACAGGCGGGUCAAAGAGGGCUUUUGACUCCCCCUGCAGAAGCCUGCAUGCGCCCGAUAGCCAGCACAGACCUCCCAUGUUACAGAUGGUUUCCAGGCAGCUCUAUUAGAUUUGUGGCUGACAUACCUUUCAAGUUCCAGGUAAUACAACAGUUGCAGAAAUACUCAGAGGUACAGCUCCAGUGCUGCGGAGUGCUGUUUUUUUACUCUGCUGACUGUCUAUUUAUUCUAUUUUGAAUGCUUGCCUGAAGUGACUGCAAAAACUUGACCGACAACGUGACUGAAGCACUGUCACGGAUGGCUUGAGUGGUGCGUGUGGGUGGUGAUGUCAGGUUCAGGAAGCAGCAGUCAAAACAAAAGGUACAGGGCUGAAAUGGCCGCUGACGUAUAUUUAUUAAAUAAUAAAACAAAAGAUUUAAAGAAAACACCAAAAGAAAAGGGCAGCAAAAUAAAAAUAACACAAUUAUAAAUUUUAUUAUAAAAACAAAAACUUUGUUAGUUGGUUUGGUAGUAUUCGCUCUUUACUAUCCUUCUCCUUACAACUCUCUAAUACUUUCCUCUUUUGUCUGAGUCCGGAGUGGGUCUUUUAUAAAGUGGUUGGAGCCUUAACACUAGAAGGACCAGAGAUAUACUCAUACCAA